GUGUUGUGGUAGGUGGUGAUUGGGCACUGGGAUCGCUAUGGUGCCGCUGACAUCGCCAUCAGCCUAAGUUUUCACCGCGACGGCCAGGAUCCUCGUCCUCACGUCGACUACCUUUCCACCCUUUCGCUGAACUGGAGAAUAUUGCACGUCUAGCUCGCGCCAAGUGUGGGAUGUCUGCAACCGAUUACCUUUCCUGCAGCGGACGAUGCUGCUAUUCAAAAAUCCGGCCAUAGGAUUUCAAGCAAAUCCAUGAAUGCGAUCAUGGCGUUUACACUUCGAACCCCUCCCUCAUCCAACCAUUGCGACAUCCCGAUCCCGAGACAUUAUCGCCGAAGCCUUCCAAUACGGUACCGGCAUUUGCUCACCCCAUCCCUCGUUAUUUUAUAUUCCUCUAUCUGUCUGGUUUGGGAUCCCCCUACAUCGUGGAAGAUAUUGGGCGAGUGGACAGGGCACAUGGGAUUCAUCGACACUCAUGACGGCUGGACACGAUGUUGAACCACUUUCCGGUUUCUUCCACCGGUUUCUGCUUCCGGUUUCCGUUCCGCUGGGCGAUGGAGUUACUUUGCAUUCAUCGGGGACUCGCAGCUUCGCUAUUUCGCUAUUUCUUCCUUGUCGAGCCGUCGGGUCGUUCAGCGGCGUUGGGGUUCCCCCGCAUCUAUCUCUUCACGUCGCGUUUUUUGGGGCACGGCAAAGAAGAGAUCCAGACGCACACAAAACCAAGACAGGGGAAAUAUCGUUUUCCGAUUUCGUUGCCCUUGGGCUGUGGAUCAUGAAUUACAAAAAGCUCGGGAUUGCGAGCGCGGGGACCGAGCGUUUUUAUUGUGGCGAUGCAUGGAAAUAGGCAUAUAGGAUAAACCCCUUUUAAUAAUAUGGCGACAUGACUACUUCCGGCUUUUCGGCUUUUCGGUCUAGUUCGGGAUUGAUUUGCUUUACUCGAAUGAAGAAUGAUAUCAAAGGUAUCAAAUGCGAUUUACAUUGCUCUAGCCCAUAGCCGCUACGGCUAAUAUCUCUAAACACCUUGCAAACGCCGACGGACAGUAGGGUGCUCGCACUUCUAUUAA